GAAUUUAUAAAAGCAAUGUUUAAAUUAACCGAAAAAACAAACUUUAGAGACAAAAAGGUAGCUGAAAUGAAUUUCUCUGACGAAGAUGUAUUCCUCGAAGAAAAUGAAGUAACUGAUAUCAGAAAUGUUUCUGCACAGAUAAAAAAGAGACGAAGAACAUUUCCUUUCAUAAUGCGUCGCUUUCGUCCAUCAUCGCCGGUGAAAAACAUGCCUACUUUUAACGAACUUCCGGUAGCAUCAAAGAUCUCUCCACAACAAACACGUCAUGAUGUUAACAAGAAUGAAAAAUUGGGCAAGCAAGACAAAUCGGACAAAAAAGGAAAAGAUGUAAAGAACGCAUUGUUGAAUGUUGUCCUACCUGUUAUUUCGCUGACCUCAGCAGAAAAUGAAAACUCGGAGGAAGAAGACAAUGAUGUCACAGAUUUUAACCAUGGCCACGAGAAUGAACAAUCUGGGAAAUCAGUAGGCCCAAACAAUAAUACAAUUAAUGAUGGUGACCGAUUACAAGUAAACCCAAUUAAUACAUACAAUGUUCAAAGACGUGAAAGCUUUCUUUACAGAUCGGAUAGUGAUAACGAAAGUAAUCAGCCUCCCCGCUCAUCUCGGCAUUCAUCUAUUUCAAGUGAAGGAGUUCAUGGGGAUGAAUUGGUCACACCAUUUGCUCAAGUUCUGUCAUCUUUACAAAGUGUUCGAUCUAAUUUUGUUUUACUUACAAACAUUCGUCAAAACCGGUUACGUCGUGGUUCUGAAGGAUUUCAUUUAAAUUCGAGACUUUGUCAGUUGUAUGAAAUUAGUGAUGGCAGCAUGAUUAGGGAUGACAUGUUUAAAAAGCUGACGAUGGCUACAUUAAAGGAGUUUGAUUGGUGCCUUGAUCAGUUAGAUACUUUAAAAGCCAGUAUGUCUAUAAGUGAAAUGGCAUCAAAUAAGUUUAAACGUUUGUUGGACAGAGAGUUAAAAGAUUUUUCUGAAACUGGCAUUGGUGGACCUGAAAUCUCUGCUUGGGUAUUUGAUACAUUUGUGGAUAAACAAAUGGAAUUAUUACCAAGGCGGGAGGCCAAACCUUUGCGAGCUCGUUCAAAAAGCCUUGUUAAAUCUUUAAAAAAACUUUCCAGAAGUGUCAGCUGUUCAGGAUCAGUUCCAAGGUUUGGUGUAGAGUGUUCUGAUGAAGCAUCACUUGAAGAGAUAAUGGAAUGCGUUGAUACAUGGAGUUUUGACGUGUUUAAAUUAGCUAAAGCAACUUCAUAUCGACCUUUAACAGCUAUAACGUACACAAUUUUGCAGACUCGUGAUCUCCUGAAAAUUUUUAAAAUAAAGCCUUGGGUUUUCACAAAUUACAUUAGCUUGGUAGAGAGUCAUUAUGUUCGAGAGGUACCUUUUCACAAUUCCACACAUGCGGCUGAUGUUGUGCAUGCAACUCACGUCCUACUUUCUGCAAGUGUGUUUGAGGGUGUUUUCACUGACUUAGAAAUACUAGCUGCCAUUAUAGCAAGUGCAGUACACGAUGUUGACCACCCUGGCGUUAAUAAUCAGUUUCUUGUCAAUUCAAGUUCAGAAAUGGCGUUGAUGUAUAAUGAUGAAUCUGUGUUAGAGAAUCACCAUUUAGCGGUUGCUUUUCAACUCCUUCAGAGUGAGAAUUGCGAUAUAUUAGAUAACUUCUCAAGAGCUGAAAGACAACUUUUUAGAAAAAUGGUUAUCGAAAUGGUUCUUGCUACGGAUAACGCAAAGCAUAUGAACAUACUAGGUUCAUUAAAAACAAUGGUGGAGACUAAAAAGGUCGCAGAUGGAGGAGUAAAGCCAGUGGAAGCAGAAUCAUUUCCAGAAAAGAUGCAUGUUCUCAAAUGUUUAGUUCAUUGUGCUGACCUCAGCAAUCCGACCAGACCACUUCAUUUGUAUGAAACUUGGGUAGAGAGACUAAUGGAAGAAUUUUUUCGACAGGGAGAUAUUGAAAGAGAAAGAGGGAUGGAGAUCAGUCCGAUGAUGGACAGACAUAAUGCUAACAUAGAGAAAUCGCAGGUUGUAUUUAUCGAUUACGUCGUACAUCCUUUAUGGGAAACAUGGGGUGAUCUCGUUUACCCAGACGCCCAAGAAAUAUUAGGCAAUUUAGUUACUAAUCGAGAAUAUUUUCGAAGUCAAUGUCCGGCCAGUCCAAACGCCACUCCAGGCGUUACGCCCAAAGCGUCGCCUUUUACGCCACGAAAAAGCAUGCCAGCGGCUGUCGACAUUUCAACCUCUCGUCGAUUAUUUUCGUCACUUCAAGAAAAAUCGGAAGAUACGAACAAAACUGGAAGUUUCUUAGUAAAAAAUGACAUCAAACUAUUCCAAAAAACCAACGAUAGUGGACGUACGACAAGUGCGACGGAAAACUUUGAACUUGUUGAUCCUGUAGUGAAAGAUUUAAGAAGAAAAUCUGACAGUGACGCAUUAAGACGGCAUUCUUCAUCAGAUAUACGUUUAGCGAGUUUGAAAUUGUUAAAACUGACCAACAUUCAAUCCGAUGAGAAUAUGGAGAGUGAUGACAAAGAAUCAGAGAAAAAUGACAUCAAUAAUUUGAAAAAUAUCCCGGACCAGAAUAAAAAUUAUUUAAAAGAAAGUAAGGAAAGCAGGACUACAACCGUUGGUCACCUAAAAAACGCUACGACCGCUGGACAUCUACCAAACACUUCAAGAAGUUUUGCGCACACGUAGCGCUAUUGUUUCAUUCAACAUAGUAUUUCUUUAAUUUACUGCCAAACUAAAUUUUUAAAAAUCAUUGUAUGAUUUUUAGGACACAGUGCAAUCUUAAGGUUGAUAGAUCGCAGCGCGUUUAUCGAAGCAACUUUGUCGAUAAGUAAGAAAGUGACGUUCCUUUAGUUAGCACAGACAAUACACUUCAGAAUACUUGACAAAAUCACCUUUUAACUCGAACACCAAGUAACCCGAACACCAAGUAACCCGAAAUAUAACAUUUUAAACCUCCGUUUCAUGAACUUUCGUUAAUACUUUGUUACAAAGUCACUUGAACCACUCCAAGUUAACUCAAACCUUUGAUAAUACUUACAUUUUUUGUCCUUUGCAAGUUUGAGUUAUUUGAUGUCUGGCGCAAAAGACAGUUUUGCGAAAAGCUGGUUCGGACCAUUUUAUUUUGUAAAUGGUUUAAACGAAACAUUUUAUGUUUAGUGAGCAAACCUCAUCAUACACUCGAUAGAUUCGUGUCAAAAUAUAACAGAGGUAUAGGCCUCUCGCUUCGCAGUACAAGGCGUCUAUACCACGUAUGUAGACACCCCUUGUGUGAUAAUACACCUAUUCAAAAUAGACAUGAAUACGAAGGUGGUAUUUAAAUUUUAUUUUUCUUUAGCAAGAGAAUAUACACUGUAAAUAGCAUGUAAGUUAUUUCUAUAUGAAAAUCCCGUUUAUAAUCAA